AUGCUUCAGUCAGUGGAAAGCCGUCAGUUCCCAGCUCGCAGGAGUCGACGGAGGAUUUAAUUAUCUGUCAUUUUAUACAGCAGAGCAGCACAGGCGGACAAACUGCUCCGAUCCCGCAGAGACGGAGUCUCCUGAGCGUCUCCACAGGCUGCUGAUGCGCAAAGAGCGGUGGUCGGCGAGAACGAAGACAUCAUGAGCGACCGCUUCGACUGCAAAAACUGCAACGAGUCCCUGUACGGACGCAAAUACAUCCAGGUGGAGGACAACCCUCACUGCAUUCCCUGCUACGACCUCCUGCACGCCAACACCUGCCAAGAAUGUAAAGAAAUCAUAGGUCACAAUGCCAAGGAGCUCUUCUAUGAGAACAGACAUUACCACGAGCACUGCUUUCGCUGUUUCCGCUGCGACCGCUCUCUGGCAGACGAGCCCUUUACCAGCCAGGACAACUCGCUCGUGUGCAGCGACUGCUUCUGCAACGAGUUUUCCUCCAAGUGUGUGGCCUGCGACAAGACAGUCAUGCCAGGAUCGAGGAUGUUGGAGUACGGUGACUCCACCUGGCACGAGGACUGUUUCGUGUGUCACGGCUGCGAGAAGCCAAUCGGUGCCGAGGCUUUCAUCCCAGACAAAAACAAUUACUACUGCGUGCCGUGCUACGAGGGCAGGUUCGCUCCCAAGUGCAGCCACUGCAAAAAGGCUCUCACCAAAGGAGGGGUGACCUACAAGAACAAGGUGUGGCACAAAGAGUGUUUCUUCUGCAUGGGCUGCAAAGCUCCACUGGCCGGUCAACCCUUCACCUCGCAGGGAGAGAGUCCGUACUGCGUCAAGUGUUUCAGCAACCUCUAUGCCAAAAAGUGUGCCGGCUGCAACACGGCCAUCACAGGGUUUGGAGAUGGAAAGUAUGUUUCUUUUGAGGAGCGGCAGUGGCACCAGCCUUGCUUCAAGUGCUCGCGCUGCUCUGUGUCGCUGGUGGGCUCCGGCUUCUUCCCCGACCGCGACCAGAUUCUGUGUACAGACUGCAACAACGACGACUGACCACCGCUAACUACACCUGCACCUGAAACAGCAAAAUACCAAACACUGCUGACACCAGCAGAGAAACGUCUAAACCUCAGCUUUGCACAUGAACACUGCAAUGUCACUUAUUCACUCACAGUGUAAAGCUGAUACAAAGCUCAGUAUUUACAACUCAAAACUCCUAUCAGCUUGUAGCGCGUUGAAAUGUUUGUAUAAAUUCUGCAGAAAUGUCCUGUGAUGGAGUAUGUAUGACUUUUUCUUCAUAUGUUUUGCACAUCAAAGAAUUAAUAAAAUGUUCAAAAAAACACCUUUAAAUUAAGCUGUUUGUUUAUUCAUGAAGGUGAUAAGCCACCUUUUUAGAACCAACAUUUGAAAAAUAGUUGUACUUCUUUUAUAAAGUUGCCUAUUUUCUUCUUCUCCUGUUAUUUCUAUGUAAACGUAUUUGUUGAAAAUGAACUUUCACAAAAGUGUGAAAGUUUCUUUUCAGCUUAAAUCAGCUUUCACUGGCGUACAUGCAAUAAAAAUGUCA